UGUUACAAAUGUUUUCUGUUUUGAAAACAUGUUUGGUUUAUGAAUGUAUUGAGUUGAAUUUAAUUUAUUUACAAUCUUUAUCUUUGGUACAUUUAAUUAUAGUUUAAUAAUUUACCUACACUAAUAGUCUUUCGUGUCAACUAAAUCUUGCUUCUUCUCCAAGCCAUUAUACUAUUUUGAGAGCUGACUGUUGGUAAUCAAAUUUGUCAGAUAUGACUGUUGAAAUUGAAUCAGCUGAUGUUAUUCGACUUAUUGAACAAUAUUUGAAGGAAAACAAUCUUCAUCGAACAUUGGCUGCCUUGCAAGAGGAAACCUCCAUUACUCUGAAUACCGUCGAUUCAACUGAAAGUUUUGUGAAUGAAAUACAAUCUGGUCACUGGGAUGUUGUUCUUAAAGUUGUACAAAGUCUGAAGUUACCAGAUAAAAAACUGAUUGAUCUAUUUGAACAGAUUGUAAUCGAGCUUAUCGAGGCAAGAGAACUAGGUGCAGCUCGAAGCUUACUGCGUCAAACAGAUACAAUGGUUAAGUUGAAGCAAGAGAAUCCUGAAAGGUAUAUUCACCUAGAAAACUUGUUAACUCGAAAUUAUUUCGAUCCAAGAGAAGCAUAUCCUGAUGGUAGCUCGAAAGAAAAAAGAAGAAAUCACAUUGCUCAGUCAUUAUCAAAAGAAGUUUCUGUUGUCGCACCUUCUAGACUUCUGGCUUUACUUGGUCAAGCACUUAAAUGGCAACAGCAUCAAGGUUUGCUACCACCAGGAACUUCGAUAGAUUUAUUCCGAGGAAAAGCACAGAUUAAAGAAGAAGAAGAAGAAGCACCUCCAAACAUGCUAUCCAAAACUAUAAAGUUCGGAAGUAAAUCACAUGUUGAAACUGCUCAAUUUUCUCCUGAUGGUCAGUUCCUUGUAACCGGGUCUGUUGAUGGUUUCAUCGAGGUCUGGAACUUCACUACUGGUAAAAUACGUAAAGAUCUAAAAUAUCAAGCUCAAGAGAAUUUUAUGAUGAUGCAAAGUGCAGUUUUGUGUUUAGCAUUUAGUCGAGACUCUGAAAUGCUCUGUUCCGGCAGUCAGGAUGGUAAAAUAAAAGUUUGGAAGAUACUAAGUGGCCAGUGUUUACGACGUUUUGAAAAAGCACACAUCAAAAGUGUUACUUGCAUUGCUUUUUCUAAAGAUUCUUCGCAAAUUCUAUCUGGAAGUUUUGACUGUAGUAUUCGGAUUCAUGGUAUUAAAUCAGGCAAAUUAUUAAAAGAGUUUCGUGGACACUCAUCUUAUGUAAAUGAGGUAAUCUACUCACAUGACGGUCAUCAUUUGGUUUCAGCUUCAUCUGAUGGUACGGUUAAAAUCUGGAGUCUCAAGACAACUGAGUGUAUCUCAACAUUCAAGGCUGCGACACUUUCGGGCUCUUUAAAUCUUGAUGUAACUGUUAAUAGUGUUGCUAUUAUUCCUCAAAACCCUGACAAUUAUUUGGUUUGCAAUCGCAGCAACACUCUUGCUAUUAUGAAUAAUCAAGGACAGAUUGUCAAAACUUUUAGUAAUAAUAAAACCGAAGGAGGUGAUUUUGUGGCAGCAAUUCUUUCACCUAAAGGAGAAUGGAUUUAUGCUGUUGGAGAUGAUUUCGUUCUAUAUUGUUUUUCAAUGACAUCAGGAAAACUCGAAAAGACAUUGGAGGUGCAUGAUAAAGAUAUUAUCGGUCUAUCCCACCAUCCUCAUCGAAAUUUAAUUGCCACGUUCAGUGAAGAUGGAUUACUAAAACUUUGGAGAUCUUAGUUU